UGAUUAGAUUCGCAGCCUCGCGGGCUCCAGCCUUAGCUGUUAUUGUCCCCAGAUGCCCCUGGCCCUCGGCCACCCUCUUCGCCUGGAGCAAGACUCCUAACACAGUACUGAGGAAGCACUUAGCUUCGGAAGGAGCGGUGAUUCGAAUGGUCCGGCCAUUGGCAUCAGGCGAGGCGUUUCGGCGGCGCAGUUUUCUUUUCAGGUGCUGACCUGAAACUGAUCCAUCCCUUUCUGACCAAAACUGUUCGCCCACGGUGGAAGGGACCAGGCAGCCAAAUGGAGAUGCCACCAGUCAAUCCAGUAGAAGAGAAGGACACCUCUCAACCGCAACAACAAUGGGAAGAGAACCCCCAGGAGAACCUUGAUUCAACUGUCCAGAUCAGGCAGCAGCCCCCAGACCCUCCUGAAAUCCUUGAGCUGAGAGUGAGCCCAAAUCAAGUCAGCCAAAUUCUAGAGAAUUCUCAAGGAACUGAAAAACUGGCUGCUGGACUUCAAGGAGACUCUGCUAAUUCUCAUGGAACAACCAGAGAGAUGCCAGAGCCCCUUCAAGCUUCUGAUCUCUGGUACUGUCCCGAUGGGAGCUUUGUUAAGAAGAUCAUAAUCCGUGGCCAUGGCUUGGACAAACCCAAGCUGGGCUCCUGCUGCCGGGUACUGGCGUUUGGGUUUCCUUUUGGGUCAGGCCUGCCAGAGGGCUGGACAGAACUAACUAUGGGGUUAGGCCCAUGGAGGGAGGGCACUUGGGGAGAACUCAUAGAGAAAUGCUUGGAGUCCAUGUGUCAAGGUGAGGAGGCAGAGCUUCAGCUCUCUGAACACUCUGGACCUCCUUUCAGGCUCACACUGGCUUCCUUCACUCAGGGCAGGGACUCCUGGGAGCUAGAGGCCAGUGAGAAGGAGGCCCUGGCCAGGGAAGAACGUGCAAGGGGCACAGAAUUAUUUAGAGCUGGGAACCCUGAAGGGGCUGCCAGAUGCUACGGACGGGCUCUUCGGCUGCUGAUGACUUUACCCCCACCUGGCCCUCCAGAACGAACUGUUCUUCAUGCCAACCUGGCAGCCUGUCAGCUGCUGCUAGGGCAGCCUCAGUUGGCAGCCCAGAGCUGUGACCGAGUGCUGGAGCGGGAACCUGGCCAUUUAAAGGCCUUGUACCGAAGGGGGGUUGCCCAGGCUGCCCUUGGGAACCUUGAAAAAGCAACUGCUGACCUCAGGAAGGUGCUGGCGGUAGACCCCAAAAACCGGGCAGCCCAGGAAGAGCUGGGAAAGGUGAUCAUUCAGGGGAAGAAACAAGAUGCAGGGCUGGCUCAGGGUCUGCGCAAGAUGUUUGGCUGAUUAAAAGUUAAAUCUUAAAAGAGACAGGAACCUGUGAAUUGUGGUUUAUGCUGUGAGAUUUUGAUGGGACCAAGAGGGAGGGUUUCAGCCAUGUCCCAUUCAUUCCCAGCUUUUGCUUUCCUAGAGGAGGUAGCAGUGGUCUCGGUGCGCCUCUUUCCCUCUUUUACCAUUAAA